ACUAUGAAAAUGGUGAAAAAUUUUUCAGAGAAAAUCAUAUGGGGUUUCCCAAGGUACCCAUCUCCGCCGCCGAGCAAAUCCGCCCCAAGAUUCAUGAUAUGGCUAAUCCUCUUCGUUUCAGCCAUUUACGUCUACUACGCAGUGAAGCUUCUUUCCUCUUCACAUUGUGAUGUAGAUAUUUUUGGUGCUCGACGUUUGCCUUUAGACAAUCCCUCAAACCAUACAGUCCCUUUAUCUCAUAAUCCCAAGAACACGCUUCAUUUGCCCGAUUUGAGGCAAAAAACCCUAGGAAAUAACAGAACAGAAUUAGAACACAUUGUUUUCGGCAUAGCUGCUUCGUCCAAGCUGUGGGACAAGAGAAAAGAGUACAUAAAGCUGUGGUUCAAGCCUGAAAAUCGAAUGCGUGGAGCCGUUUGGCUCGACAAGCCCGUGAAAAUUCAAGAAAACGAGACCAAAAGUCUCCCUGAGCUGAGAAUCUCAGGCGAUACUUCUCGUUUUGCCUAUGAGAACAGAAGGGGCCACCGCUCGGCAAUCCGGAUUUCUAGGAUUGUGUCUGAGACUUUGAGGUUGUCUGGUAAAAGGGAUUAUAAUAGUAAUGUGAGGUGGUUGGUGUUGGGAGACGAUGAUACUGUUUUCGUGACAGAUAAUUUGGUGAGGGUUUUGAAUAAGUAUGAUCAUAAUCAGUAUUAUUACAUUGGGAGCUUGAGUGAGAGCCAUUUGCAGAAUAUACAUUUCUCUUAUUCGAUGGCUUAUGGUGGAGGAGGUUUUGCCAUAAGUUAUCCUUUGGCAAAAGCUCUUGAGAAGAUGCAGGAUAGAUGUAUAGAGAGGUAUCCUAGGUUGUACGGCUCGGAUGAAAGGAUACAGGCUUGUAUGGCCGAACUCGGAGUUCCACUCACGAAAGAACUUGGCUUUCAUCAGAUGCACAAGGCUAACUCGAUCAGUAACUUGUUGAUGCUAAUGUACGAUGUGCACGGCAACUUAUUUGGGCUCUUAGCAGCACACCCCAUCACGCCUUUAGUUUCCCUUCACCACCUAGACAUUGUCGAGCCAAUCUUCCCAAACGUAACCCGAAUAAAAGCACUCGAGAGACUCCAAAUCCCCAUGCAGCUCGACUCAGCUGGUCUAAUGCAGCAGUCCAUUUGCUACCACAGAACUAACACUUGGACAGUGUCGAUAUCUUGGGGAUUUGCUGUCCAAAUAUUUCGCGGGGUUUUGUCACCACGCGAGAUCGAGAUGCCUUCCAGAACUUUCUUGAAUUGGUACAAACGGGCUGAUUACACAGCGUACGCUUUCAACACGAGGCCCGUUAUGAGGAAUCCUUGUCAGAAGCCAUUUGUUUUCUAUCUGUCGAGGGCGAAAAUGGAAUUACGUAAGAAUACAACGGUUACUGAGUACAGUCAGCAUCGUGUUGCUAAUCCCGAAUGCAAGUGGAAGAUGGCGGACCCUACGGAUAUUCGUCGGGUCGUGGUUUACAAGAAGCCCGAUCCUCAUCUUUGGGACAGAUCUCCAAGGAGAAACUGCUGCCGGGUCUUGAGUUCGAAGAAGGAUAGCUUGGUUUUUGAUGUGGGUGUAUGCAGCGAAGGUGAGAUCAGUGAAGUAUGAAAAUGGUGGCACGUUUGGCUGUAUCGAUUAAUUUCGACCUUUACUGCCUGUUGUUUUUUCUGUAUUUACAUGAUACUUGAUAGGGAAUAGUGACAAUUCUUGAAAGUUUAUAUCACAGGAAGCCCGGGAAAUUUGAUUUCAGAGUUGUCUUAUAUUGUGUAUGUAAGCUAGAAAUAGAAGAAUAAUGUCUAGCACAAAACAAAUUGAACAAUGCACACUUUCGAAAGUCGAUCCUAUUAACAAAUAAGUUAGUUUCUACAGCUUCACGAACCCGGAAAGGAAAAAAAAAAAAAUAUUGCGAAUCACCUAUAAUAGAUAAUAAAGGAGUAAAAUUAAGAUAUGUACAAUUUACACAAAAGCUCAAUCAAGGUACACAAUGCAAACUGCCUCCAUCCUGAAUACUUAUAGUUUUAAGCAUAAAGCUAUUCACUUCAAGAGAACAUUAAAACCACGUCUGGGUUGCUUUUUUGCUACUACCAGUUUUGUCACAUGCUAUGAACAGAUUUGCUGAAGCUCAGUAUUCGCCUUUCGUUGAGGUAUCUGAUAUUGUGGGUAGCAUAUUAAGGAAACUACCUUGCGACUGUUGAGUGGAUGAUGAGUUUGACUCGUCACCUGUUAAAUUUAAGAGAAUAACAUGUGAGGAAAAAAAGAAAAACAUGACGACUGAUUUUAUACUUCAUAUAUAGGGAAUAUGAUAUAAUAGCAGAGNAAACAAAGAGAAACACAAAAACAAUAAUUCACAUGAAUGAAGCG